UUUUGAUUCUAGUCAAUAAUAUCGCCUUUGACCCGAGGGGCAGUACAUUUGGGUAAUUACCAGAGAUUGCUCUGCUCCACUGCAAUUACUCUGGAAAUUCCGCAGGGAAAGUCACACUCCACUAUUAGUUUUCACAUUUUCAGUAACCCUUUGGCUUUGCAGUUGAAUUUCCCGCAGAACAAAGCUAAUGUUCAAUAUCCUGAGAGCUGGCUUGGUCUACGGAUUCGUGGUGGUCUUUACCUUGGUCACCCGCUUCCUGAAGGGUUGCUUGGACCUCAGUCACUCGCUGGUCAUAUGAGGAAAUGGAGUGCCAGGAGGUGGAAUACCAGGAGUUGGAGUGCCAGGAGGUGGAUUACCAGGAGGUGGAAUACCAGGAGGUGGAGUGCCAGGAGGUGAAGCACUAGGAGGCGGAGAACUAGGAGCCAGGUACGAGUGUGACUUGUGGGAAGUGAGUUUCCCGGACUUAUCGGCCCGGCAAUCAAUAAUGACGGCCUUAUCGGACUCGCACCUUUGGCAGGACCACCUGGAGCGCCAGCAGAGUCGGAAUACCCGGUCCACACGCACCAUUCUCCUGUGGAGCAGUUUCUUCGGGGACCCGCGCUGGAAAUUGUCCUGGGACACUUUGGGCCCCCAGGAACUGAGGGACGAGCUCGGGUGCCCGGUGUACCAGUGUGAGAUCACCAACCAGCACGACUUCCUGCCCGCCGUGGAGCUCUACGAUGCCGUCGUCUUCCACGCGGCGGAGAUGUUCCCGCUGCUGCGACCCGUUCCCUCCCAGAGGAGUCGCCACCAGGCGUACGUCUUCGCCACGAUGGAAUCGCCCGGGGAGACCAAGCAUCGGCUCGACGACGAGUUGGGAUUCUAUAACCUCACCAUGACCUAUCGCCUGGACUCGGAUGUGGUGUGGCCCUACGGCCAGCUUCUAGACAUCGAAACGGACGCCGUGGUGGCGCCCAGUGAGAGGCCACAUUGGCGGAAGCCCCCGGCGGCGUUCAACGAUUCUGCGGUCUGGGAUCUUUGGGCGGGAAAAACAAAAACUGCCGCUUGGUUCGUCUCCCAUUGCGAGACUCUUUCCAAAAGGGAGGUUUUGGCCGACAGACUUCAGGAAUUCUUUGCGAUAGACAUUUACGGGAAGUGUGGAAAACUCAGUUGCGCACGAGGAGAUCCGCGCUGCGAGGAGAUGUUGGACACCGAUUACCUGUUCUACCUGGCCUUCGAGAACUCCCUGUGCGACGACUACGUGACGGAAAAGCUGUUCGACGCCCUCCGCCGGAACGUAAUACCCGUGGUGUUCGGCGGAGCGGACUACUCGCGCAUCCUGCCGCCGCACUCGUACAUCGAUGCCAGUCGCUUCCAGAGCGUCGAGGAUCUGGCCCAGCACCUGAACUUCGUGGGCGGGGACCAGGAGGAGUACGUCAGCUACUUCUGGUGGCGCAGCCACUACCGCUUGGCCUCCACCUCACCCUUUUGCGAUCUGUGCGCCCGGCUCCAUGCGCCGGGAUUCAGCCACAAGACGCAGUCCUACGGGGACAUUCAGUCCUGGUGGUUCAACAGCUGUCGCCUGGAGAGCCGGAUUCGGUUGUGAUUGUGUUGUGUGCGCGGAAUCAAGAAAGACAGGUGCAGCUUUGGGUCACCAAAGAGAGCGAGAUGGAGCACCGGGUGUUUGUUACCCUCACGCAACAUCUGUUGUUUUGAUCCUAAGCCUACAAUUGAGUUCGCUAGCCACUCCCAGAAAUGUGUGUUAAGUACAUUUCUGGAAAGAUAAGAUAUACAGGUCUCUGAUUUCAUGGCACUCCAAACAAACCAGGAAAUUGUCGUCUAAUGGGGACAUGACUCACCAGCAGUCCAAUUUCAAAUGCGAUUUCUAUUGGUUUUGGUAAAGCCAGAAUUUCAAAACGGAAAAUGCCAGGCACUCAAAAUUGGCAAGUUUGUGUAAUAGGUCUCAUAAGCUUUUUAAAGUCAACAAAUUAUAAUUAUAAAAGCUUUGAUUAUAAUUUAUAAUUUAGUUCAAUUUAUAAUUAGUUCAAGCAAGAACCAAACGUCCAAAUAAAUUUGUUUAAAUAAUUACUA